ACACAAACCAAAACGGGUUCACAAAGGGAAAAAAAGACAAAUCUUGCACUCAUUGAGUAAAAUGAAAACUAAGCUUUUUGUCAGUUUGGUCAUUCAGGCUUUAAAGAAAUCUAAAGGGGCUGACCAAUGAUGUCAACUGACCAGCAGAGUUUUAUUUAGGGCUGUAGCUCCUCAUAUGCCCACCAGCAGCUGUUGUGAGAUGUGUGUGAGCACAUGUGUGUGCGCGUCUGGACUUUCCUAUUCUUCUGAUCGUUCAACUUGUAACUGGAAACCACACUCACAAUGACUCUCCAGUGGACGGCUGUGGCUUUAUUCCUCUAUGCAGAGAUAGCAAUCAACCUUAUCUUAUGUAUACCCUUCAUAUCAGCAAAGAGAUGGCGUUUGGUUUUCAGUUGGAGAAUAUGGAGCUGGUUAUCUCCAUAUUGGAACAAAUGCUUCUUUACCAUGAUCAUGGUUCUCAUUGUACUUUUCCUUGAUGCUGUUCGUGAGGUGCACAAGUACUCAGGUCCUGAGCCCAUGCACGAUGCCCAGGUGAACCCAAAUGUGUACGACCAUGUCCACAUGAAGCUGUUCAGAGCCCAGAGGAACCUUUAUAUAUCCGGCUUCUCUCUCUUCCUCUGGCUUAUCAUGCGUCGGGUUGUCACCUUGCUAAACCAGGUUGCUGUCACCUUAGAGAACAGUGCAGAACUUCAGGCACAGACAGACAGUGCUGUCAAAGCAGCCAAGCAGCACCAGGACGACAACAUGAUGCUCAAACAAGCUCUUCUGGAUGAGGAAAAAUCCAUGUCAACAAAAAACCAGCAACUGAAACUGGAGGUGGAGAAGCUGGCAAGUCAAGUGAGAGCUGCUGAGGAGACUGUGCGCAAGUCUCAUGCUGAAGUGGAGGCCAUGAGGAGACAGGCCAAAGGUCUGGCACAAGAGUAUGACCGACUCUUGACAGAACACCAUCAACUCCAGAAUCCCCAGAGUGCUACAGACAAAAAGGAUCAGUAGACACAGGAAUACAGUGACAAUGUCGUUGGUGUUGUUUGUUCCACUUUUUUCUUCUCAUUACACUAGAAUUGUGUACAAUAUGCAGUAGGCCACCAGAGGCCAUGUUUGUAUUAUCACCAUUUGUAUUAUUACCAUUUUGAAGCUUUUUUUAAUUAACGAAAAGGAUUAAACAAACAGUAGCAUGUCAAGCUUUUAAAAUGCAGAAAAAUAUAUUUACAUACGGAAUAAAAUACGUCUUUUUGCAUGUUAGUCUCAGUAGCUAGUGGUAUUAAAAGUGUAAAAAAGGAAUUUUGUCUCAAGGGGUUAAAGGUUAUUGCUAGUGAGACCGGUUAUCUCAAAGAUUUGCACAGAACAAAGCACCACUGAAAGCACAUAAUCACUAAUGCAUACAUGCUGUAUAUUCAUUUAUUGCAUUUUUAUGAUAGUUAUGAAUUCUAAUAAUAAUCUAAUUUACUGAUUUGACAACGACCAGUGAAUUUCUGUCACACACGCAUGUCACAUUUGUCAAACCUUAAUAUGUAUAACUUUACAAACUGAUUUUGAUUUGGCCCCCCUGUACUUGACCUUUUGUAAUUUGCUGACAGUUGGUAUAUGACAAGCAUAAACAUGUACAAUAAACAAUACAAAACCCCAGA